UCUCUCACCCAUCCCCUCUCUCUCAUGCUCAACUCUGUGCUCAGCAUUAUCAGAGCUGCUGGGGUUGUAGGCAGGCUGAACAUCGCCUCUCAACAAACCACUUGCCACUGAGGAGAAACUUCAAGAAGCUCAUCCACGCAGCUUUUCCUCCUGCCUCAGGAUGCUGGAGCUCGGACAGAGAUGGACGAGGCUGAUCUGCUUGUCGCUCCUGUGCGUGUCUCUCUGCCUGCCGAGGGAAUCAAACGCCAGGAGAGCCCCCAAGAUUCCCCGAUGUCCUUCGACCUGCUCCUGCACCAAAGACAGUGCCUUCUGUGUGGAUACCAAAGCUAUCCCCAAAAGCUUUCCCCCUGGAAUCAUCUCUUUGACGAUGGUGAACGCGGCCUUUACAACGAUCCCAGAGGGAGCUUUCUCACACCUUCACCUGCUGCAGUUCUUGCUUUUGAACUCCAACACAUUCACCAUGAUUGCUGAUGAUGCAUUUGCUGGUCUGUCUCACCUGCAGUACCUGUUCAUUGAGAAUAAUGACAUCCAGGCUGUCUCAAAGUAUACUUUCAGAGGACUCAAAUCCCUGACUCAUCUAUCUCUCUCAAACAACAACCUGCAGCAGCUGCCAAGAGACAUCUUCAAACAUCUGGACAUCCUCACAGAUUUAGACCUGCGGGGGAACUCUUUCCGCUGUGACUGUAAAAUCAAAUGGCUGGUAGACUGGAUGGAGAAGACCAACACUUCUGUUCCUGCUAUCUACUGUGCCAGCCCCUUUGAGUUCCAGGGACGCAGAAUCCACGACCUUGCACCACGAGACUUCAACUGCAUUAGCGCCGAUUUUGCUGUUUAUGAAACGUUCCCGUUCCACUCCGUGUCUGUGGAGUCCUAUGAGUUCAAUGAGGAUCAGUUUGUUGCCUUUGCUCAGCCUGAUUCAGGGUUCUGCACCCUAUAUGUGUGGGAUCAUGUGGAGAUGGUCUUCAGGAAGUUUCAUAACAUAACCUCUCGCUCUGCUGUGUACUGCAAACCAGUGGUGAUAAGCAACAGUCUUUACAUGGUCGUUGCACAGCUUUUUGGAGGAUCUCAUAUCUACAAGUGGGAAGAGGACCCACAGCGCUUUGUAAAGAUCCAAGACAUUGACACCACACGUGUGAGGAAGCCUAACUUCGUGGAGACCUUCCAGCUGGAUGAAGAGUGGUACUUUGUAGUAGCAGACAGCUCCAAAGCGGGAUCCACCAGCAUUUAUCGCUGGAACAGCAAUGGUUUUUACACCCACCAGUCCCUCCAUCCCUGGCAUCGGGACACCCAUGUGGAGUUCCUGGACGUUGGGGGAAAGCCUCACCUCAUCCUCUCCAGUGCCUCUCAGCCACCAGUGGUUUACCAGUGGAACCGAAGCCAGAAGCAGUUCGCUUUCUUCUCCCAAAUCACAGAGCUGGCAGAUGUGCAGAUGGUGAAGCACUUUUGGGUGAGGAAAGUUCUUUACCUUUGCCUCACACGCUUCAUAGGUGACUCCAAGAUCCUCCGCUGGGAAGGGCAGCGUUUCAUAGAGAUCCAGACUCUUCCCUCCCGGGGCUCAAUGGCGGUGUAUCCUUUCACAGUGGGCCUCCGCCAGUACCUCAUUCUGGGAAGUGAUUUCUCCUUCUCCAGAGUAUACCUGUGGGAUGACCUCACUCAGCGCUUUCAGCCCUUCCAGGAGCUCAACAUGAGAGCCCCGCGAGCGUUCAGCUUGGUAUCCGUCGAUAACAAGGACAUCCUGUUGGCCGCCAGCUUCAAAGGUAACACCCUGGCCUACCAGCACCUGGUGGUGGAUCUCAGUGCCAAGUAGACAUGCUACAGUAAGAGGAGGAGUUUCUGAGCAUUUAUCAACAUGUGCCAAAUAAAUGAAAGACUGCAAAAUGUUUAAGCCAUGUAACUAAAGGUCUGCUGUUUCACAGGAUGUUUUAAGCGAGGCAACUAAUUAACAAUUAGUCUAUUUUUAUGCACUAUCCCUUAACAUCUGAAUGAAAUAAUGUGUUAAUACACAGCAUCAGUAACAUGCCAACAUAAGCGUCAUGUCACUGCCGCAUUACUGCUUCUGUUCUGCCAGCCAUAUAAAGUAUUAUAUUAUAUACUGUACUUUACUAAUGUGAAAAUGAUGUGCAUGUGCAUCGACUGAAUUAUUCACUGGAUGAGAUCAUGGAUGGAUUACUGGAUGGGCCUACUUGGCACAGGCCCAGGGGCCCAAAGUGUCAGGGGCCCCUCUGCCUACACCUGCAAAAUGUCACGUAAGGACAUGUAAAGACCAGGAAGAGACUCAAAAUGACCACAAAAAAACAUAAUACAAAUACAAAGACACAAAAAUAACUACAAAGGCAUACAAGACAACCACAAAGAGACACAUAAUGACUAUAAAGAGACACAAAACCACAACAACUUGCUCUUGUGUAGGAGAGGUGGAGCCUUUUGCAUGUCUGUGCCCAGGUGCCAAUGUCUCAUAAUCCACUCAUGUAUGAGAUGAGUUGUUUUAACUGAAACUAUAAGGAGUUUUGUAAAUUACACAGUGUAGUUUAUCUGUGUAGCAUUUUGCAUGACAUGGUACAAUUGAUAUAACUAUGUAAAACAAGCAAUACUUACCAUUUCAAUACUUUAAAUCCUUGAUUAAAGCUCUCUUGAUAUGUGAGAUGCCCGUGAAUUUGUUUGGGAUUUGAUGUUCAUUCUGCAAUAACAACAUGGGAUCAGAGCCAGCAUGAGCAAACUAAGGGACCCUCAUAUUUAACUGACCAUUGUUCUUUAAAAUUUAAGUUUUUCAAGAUAUUAUUCUUGAUUUUAUUAUAGUUCCCAUAGUACAAAAUGUCGCCCUAGUUCAUGACAGUUGGAUGGUCUGUGGACAUGGGAAAUGAAAGAACAUUUCAGACAGUAUAGAAAACUUGGAGAUUAUAACGAAGAUCAGAGAAUGUUUAUUUAAGUUAUAAAAAGUUCUAAACCAUUCCUAUGUUUUUAAUGUACAGUCACAAAUUGUAUUUAGUUGUUGCUGUGUAUAUUUGCACAUAGAUGGGUGGGUGGGAAGGAGGUAUGAUUAAA